ACAAACCAAUCAGUGCUGAAGGAUUGUCUCUGGUUUCCAUGUUCAAAACUAUGGGACUUGAGCCUGCAAUCACCUCAUGGGGGAGAGGAGCGCCACCUGUUGGCAGGGGCGUGUCUGCUGAUGUGGAAGGGUGGAAACUCCAGGGUCACCACCUUUGUCCACCCAGUGGCCCAGAGGGUGUGGUCCAACCUGAGGGGCAGCUGGGCAGAGGCAGUGUUUUUGGUGGCCAGGGUCUCCCCACACAGAAAAUGUUGGGCCUUGGACGAUCGCAGUUGCCUCAUCUUGCAGCGGGAGGACGUCGCGCUGCCCUGCCGCCGUUGCUGACUCGCGCUGAGCUACUGUCUCCUGGAGUCCAGUCUCAGCAAGGACGCUUCCCUCAGUCCAGUCUGAAAGGAGUCGACCCCCCCACCCCAGAGGUGUCGGAACUUCCUGCUGCUGAAUCAGCAAAGUCGGAGCUGAUAAUGGAGGCCGUCCCACAGCCCCUGAACAAGUCCGGAUCAAAGGGAUCUCCGAUAACCAUCGCUUCAAAUCACAUCCCUGUGCGCUGUAAGAACGACGCCAUCUACCAGUAUCACGUCACCUUCGCGUGAGUACGCCUCCG